CUGCCAUUAACCUAGCAAAGCUGAAGCUUUUCAGACACUACUAUGUCAUGAUUGUGUGUUACAUUUACUUCACACGGAUCAUUGCAAUUCUCAUAAAGAUUGCUGUUCCAUUCCAGUGGAAGUGGCUGUACCAGCUGCUGGAUGAAAUGGCCACACUUGUGUUCUUUGUCCUCACUGGGUACAAGUUCCGUCCAGCGUCAGACAACCCUUAUCUACAGCUUUCUCAAGACGAUGAGGAUGACUUGGAGAUGGAAGCUGUGGUGACGACUUCUGGAGUAAUGGAGGGCAUGAAGAAGGUCAAGAAAGUGGUGAAUGGUUUAGCAGAGCCACGAGGCGAGUGGGAAAGCACAGCAUGAUGGACUGGACUAAGGCAGCACUUUCAGAGAAACUUUUUUUAAUUUAUUAAUAUUACUCUCAGUGGCAAGGGAGCAACUAGCACUUCCCAACACUGAAAUUGCGGAGUGGGGUGUGUCUAGGGGGAGCAAAGCGGUGCAGAAAUGUAACUAUUCCUCUGGUCGUGAGAAAAUGGGAUCUCUUGGUACCUGCAAGGAGUGUGAAGCUUUCCUAGGGAUUUUGGGUAGCUUAUUCUUUUUUUCCCCUUUCUGGAUCAGUUAGGUAUUCUGAAUUGUUUGCAGCUGCAUUCUUCAGAAUGUGUAAUACUAAUGUGAAGAGAGACUUUUAGUGUGUAUGUAAAGUAUAUAUUUUAUAUAACGCUCAUAUAUAUAUAUACACACACUUGCUAUGUAACAUGUAUACUGGGAAUUACAAAGUGUGUCAGAAGGUGCAAAAAGAAGGUAAGAUGUAAGUAUUCUUUCUUUUCUUUUUAUAAACUCUCCUUUUUAGCUUGGACAAAACAAAUGAACAGAAACAACUGCAGUUAUUUGAGAGACUAAAUGAGGUGUUGGAUCAGAUUAAUUCUGCCAC